CGCACGCGCCGUUUCCACACAGCUAGCACGAGAUGUCCAAGCGCGGAUCCGGCGGUAUCGCCUCCGGCACGAAGUACAAGAUGUCCAUCGCGUGCCCGGUGGGCGCGGUGAUGAACUGCGCCGACAACACCGGCGCGAAGAACCUCUACGUCAUCGCCGUCAAGCGUUGGGGCUCCAGGCUCAACCGCAUCCCGGGCGCGUCCACGGGCGGCAUGGUGAUGGCGACGGUGAAGAAGGGGAAGCCGGAUCUUCGCAAGAAGGUUUUCCCCGCGAUCGUCGUGCGUCAGCGCAAGCCGUUCCGGAGAAAGGACGGCCUCGUCAUCUAUUUCGAAGACAACGCGGGUGUGAUCGUCAACCCGAAGGGGGAGAUGAAAGGGUCCGCGAUCACCGGGCCGGUCGCGAAGGAGUGCGCGGACCUCUGGCCCCGCAUCGCGUCCGCGGCGAACUCGAUCAUGUGAUUGAAUGUCAUUAGAUGGUUGCGUAGUUCGGGCGGCGACGGGCCGGCGGAGAGGAUGGGAAGGAGGAUCGCGGGAGUCGCUCGCGGGACGAGAGAACGCGCCGCCGGCGGUGGCCGCGGCGGGUGUGGUCUUUCUUCUGGGGGAUGGGGCGGAAGCGAACGGAGGGCGCGAACGGGCGAGGAGACGCGGCGAGGAGAGGAGACGUCUUGUAAUGUUGCAGCCGAGGCUUUCGAACG